AUGUUGUUGCCAUACUCGGGGACUCAGAAGGCGGCAUUGGCCUUGCUCAUGGCCGAUGCCGUCUUCGGCAAUCCAUUGGCCACAAUCCAUCCAUGCCCAGGUGUCGACAAGCUCUCUCUCACACCCAUCACGGUCACCUCUCAGUACCAACCGGUGUCGACAUGCCAGCCCACCACCGGCUGCAUUAAGGGUAAAUGCUCGACCACCUACCCUUUCGUCACCUUUCCUUGGGUGUCCACCGUGGUGCCCUGUGGUUGGGACGGAACAACCUCUCAGACGACCACGGUCACUGCGGUUGACCAGCCUGUGAGAGUUUCCGAGCAUCUGGAAACACUCACUACAGUCACAGCCGCUCCCACAGCCGCCAAACGCAGCUGGAUCGAUUGGUUGCAUAAGGAGGCAGAACACCAGGAUGUCACUGUCUACGAAACUGUCAGCAGACGCGCCAUGGUACCUUUCCGGGAAGCUGGCCCACUGUGCGUUCCUGGCUGGGAGGGCAGCGGUCUUUGCCAAAAAUGCCACCAGCAGCCAGAUGGCAGCCGCUACCAGCUCCUCGAUAUUGUCGAAUGUCGAUCUGGCACCAGCGCCUCUGGUAAGAAGUACAAGAAAUGCUCCGAAUGGUACGAGACCUUGAUCGAGCGUCCUGCGCCAACUUCCACCGUCACCGCCGUCGCUCUCUGCUCCAGCCAGGGUAAUAUCCCCGGCGCUGGCACCUACACCUGGACCUUUCCUCAAGUCGCCCCUCCGGUCACCAUUACGGCUCCAGCAAAGACGGUCACGGUCACGAUUCAGGGGCAAGAGGUUGUCAGCGUCACUCCAAGGAAGGUGUAUGCCGUGCCUGGCCAGUCAUGGAAUGCUUACGUGACCAAAUCCUUCUCUGGUGCCACCACUUUCAACUUUAAUAUCGAGAUCACCAAGAUCAUCAUUGUCAACAUCCCCUAUGCGACUCAACAUGGAAAGAGUACCCGUGUUCCGAUUCCCACUGGAUCUUCCGGCGAUGGCUGGUGGCCACUACCAGAGACUGACAACAACGGCAACGCCUACUAUGGUGGUGGUGCAGGCUGGGUGGAUUGGGCGGUCCCGGGCGCAACCACAUCGGCCGCACUUGGUAUUUCGUCGUCCUCCACGACCACUGCUGUCGACAGCCCCGUCAUGUUCACCACCUCAACCACUUCAGCCGGUGCCGAUACUGGUCCGAUUGGGGGAUCUGCCACCACUAGCUCGUCGACCAUGGGCCAGGGCGUUGAUGACAUUGGGGGGUCUAUAUCGUCGAGUUCUUUUUCGACCGCCUUUCUUACAUCAGCAUCGUCCACAACUGGUGGUGACACCGGCCCUAUUGGGGGAAGUGCAAGCACAACAUCGACAUCGACAUCGACAUCCACGUCCGGCGGCGACACCGGUCCCAUUGGGGGAAGUGCCACAACAUCAACAUCCACGUCCGGCGGCGACACCGGUCCCAUUGGGGGAAGCGCCACAACAUCAACAUCGUCUGGUGCAGACGUCGGCCCCAUUGGCGGAAGCGCCACAACAUCAACAACCUCUGGUGCAGACGUCGGCCCCAUUGGCGGAAGCGCCACAACAUCAACAACCUCUGGUGCAGACGUCGGCCCCAUUGGUGGGAGUACAACGACCUCGUCGACGUCGAGUGCUGAGGUUGGCCCAAUUGGUGGUUCUACCACCGCCACAACCUCGUCGACCUCGGGUGCAGAGGUUGGCCCGAUUGGUGGUUCGACCACAUCCAUGGGAUCAUCGACAUCGAGUGCAGAGGUUGGCCCAGUUGGACAGAGCACGACAAGCUCAUCAACCUCAAGUGCAGAGGUAGGCCCGAUCGGAGGCUCUACCACAACUUCAGGACUUGCCACUACGACAACAGCUACUAGCCCGAUCUGCAACUUGAAUGCGAAUGUUUGUCUCGACUCUCAACUCAUCACCGCCAAUACCGUCUCGACCGUCACUUGUCCUCUCCUUGGUGGCCUCAUCUGUAGCGUCAAUGACUUGUUGAAUCUGGUGCCUACUUUGCUCGGUGGCAAUCCCAACGUCUUGUCCGUCCUUGUUGGCGGCAACCAGGUCGUCGGUCUGUCUAUCACUCCGGAGCAAGUGGCCGCCGCCAUCAAUGCCGGAGAGCUAAACGGACUUUGCGGUGCCGUCCCGCCAGUCACCGUUCUCGUCAAUGAUCCAACCUGUCCAAUCAACCCGACCACAGGCACCACAACUUCGUCCUUGAGCUCAACCCUGCUAGGCACAUCAACCACCACCACUCCAUUAAUUGUCAUAUCCGUGGGCAGUUCGUCAUCGGCUGUUUCGCAAGGUACUACAACCCUGGGUCUAAGUUUACUGUCGACUACAACGGGACUGGGUGCCACAACUACCAGUGCCAUUUCCAGUGCCGCAACCACCAUCACUUCCAGUGUCGGAACUACCAUCGCUUCCAGUACAACAUCUGCCGCUGCAACCACAUCUACAUCGGCUGGCCCCAUAUGCAAUUUGAACGCCAACAUUUGCUUGGACUCACAGUUGAUUACUGCAAACACUGUCGUGACUCAAAAUUGUCCACUUGGAACCGGCGUUCUUUGCACGACCAAUGACUUGCUGAGCUUGGUUCCUGCCCUCUUGGGCGGCAAUCCCAGUGUGGCAUCGGUGCUGGUGGAAAACAACCAAGUUCUGGGGUUGAGCAUCACUCCAGCAGCCGUGCAAGCUGCAAUCAAUGCCGGCCAAUUGAAUACCGUUUGCUCGGCUCUGCAGACCACAACCGUCACCCUGUAUGACCCUACGUGUCCUAACAACCCGACGACCUCAUCGACCACUCUCAGCAGCCUGACCACUCUCGCCACCUCGACCAGCCCGACAUCAGCCACUGUGACCACAUCGGUUCUCUUGACUACUACAUCUGCCGCCACGACCACGUUGACGCAAGCGACUACAACCACCAGUGCCGUCACCAGCAGUACCACUACCGCUGCCGCACAGUGCGGUGUCGCCGUGACUCUCUGUGCCGGUCAGACCCUUGCCGAUGUUGGCCUCUCCACUGUGACUUGCGACACUGGCGUCUCCGGACUCCUUUGCAGUCUCACUCAGGCUCUCCAAUCGGCCGCAAACGUAUGCGCAGGAACUUGUGGCGUCAUCGGAACAUCUACCGUCGGCGGUGCGGACGUUGGCUUGAUAGGCAACACCAACAUCCAGGCAAUUCAGGCAGCUGUUGGCGCCGUGCCCAAUUGCCAACCUGGUGGAGACCAAGUGGCUCUCAGUGAUCCUGGAUGUGACGGCCAGGUUCUCAGGCGAGCAGUAUAUGGUCGAGCUCGUCGAUAUUAG